AAUAUUUCCUCCAAUGAGUGAACAACACACACUCAACCUGUUUCCUGUUCUGACUUUCACUUUCUGGGAUCCCGUGGCGCAGCUUCUUUUCUCCAUUUGAAGAUGAAAGUGUGUGUGACACGGAUAUGAGUUCUGCAGCAUGAAUCAGUCUGAGGACAGAGAGGAGGGAGUCUCUCCUUCUAAAACCACUCUGUGUGGGGAACAUGGCAGCCAGACCAAAGCUCAGAGGGCGGUCUUGGGCCUGGACUAUAAAUCGGACCCUGAACCCAGCUGUGUGUCCUGCAAGAGUGACUGGUCCAUGGAGACUCCACUGUUUUUCAAAGGACAAGCUUCACCAAUGAAGGAGACCAGUUUGGACCUGGACUUAUAUAAAUCUGACCCUGACCCGGAACCAAGCUGUGUGUCCUUAAAGAGUGACUGGUCCAUGGAGACGCCACUGUUUUUCAAAGGACAAGCUUCACCAAUGACAGAAGUCGACUGGGAGAACUCAGAGGUUCCCAGUGGUCAGUCUGCCCAGAACCAUCAAACACACUUGGACUCUGUAUUCAUGCUGCUGGAGGAGAACAUUGUGACUUUUGUGAAGAACGAACUGAAGAAGAUCCAGAAGGUUCUGAGUUCAGAUCACCCAGAAGACUCAGAAAGUCAGAGGGAGGAUGAGGAGGUGUUGGAUGGUGAUGAGGAAGAGCAGAGGAGGAGAAGCAGAGAGGCAUUUCUGAAGAUCACAAUGCACUUCCUUAGGAAAAUGAAGCAGGAGGAGCUAGCUGACUAUCUGCAGAGGAGAAGUCCUGCUGCAGUGUGGAAGCGUAAACUCAAAUCUAACCUCAAGAAGAAGUUCCAGUGUGUGUUUGAGGGGAUUGCAAAAGCAGGAGACCCAGCCCAUCUCAAUCAGAUCUACACAGAGCUGUACAUCUCAGAGGGUGGAACAGGAGAGGUCAAUGAUGAACAUGAGGUCAGACGGAUUCAAAGAGCAUCCAGGAAAUCAGUCAGACCAGAAACAACAAUGAGACAUGAAUACAUUUUUAACCCUUCUCCUGGAAGAGAUGAACCAAUCAGAACAGUGAUGACAAAGGGAGUGGCUGGCAUUGGGAAAACAGUCUUAACACAGAAGUUCACUCUUGACUGGGCUGAAGACAAAGCCAACAAGGACAUACAAUUCACAUUUCCAUUCUCUUUCAGAGAAUUGAAUUUGCUGAAAGAGAAGAAGUUCAGUUUGGUGGAACUUGUUCAUUACUUCUUUACAGAAACCAAAGAAGCAGGAAUCUGUAGGUUUGAAGAGUUCCAGGUUGUGUUCAUCUUUGACGGUCUGGAUGAGUGUCGACUUCCUCUGGACUUCCACAACACGAAAAUCCUGACUGAUGCUACAAAGUCCACCUCAGUGGAUGUGCUGCUGACAAACCUCAUCAGAGGAAAUCUACUUCCCUCUGCUCGUCUCUGGAUUACCACACGACCUGCAGCAGCCAGUCAGAUCCCACCUGGGUUUGUUGACAUGGUGACAGAGGUCAGAGGGUUCACUGACCCACAGAAGGAAGAGUACUUCAGGAAAAGAUUCAGAGAGGAGGAGCAAGCCAGCAGAAUCAUCUCCCACAUCAAGUCAUCACAAAGCAUCCACAUCAUGUGCCACAUCCCGGUCUUCUGCUGGAUCACUGCGUCCGUACUGGAGGAUGUGUUGAAGACCAGUGAGGGAGGAGAGCUGCCCACGACCCUGACUGAGAUGUACAUCCACUUCCUGGUGGUUCAGUCCAAACUGAAGAUCAUUAAGUAUGACGGAAGAGCUGAGACGGAUCAACACUGGAAUUCAGAGAACAAGAAGAUGAUUGAGUCUCUGGGAAAACUGGCUUUUGAGCAGCUGCAGAAAGGCCACCUGAUCUUCUAUGAAUCAGACCUGACAGAGUGUGGCAUUGAUAUCACCACAGCCUCAGUGUGCUCAGGAGUGUUCACACAGUUUUUUAAAGAGGAGAGAGGGCUGUACCAGGACAAGGUGUUCUGCUUUGUCCAUUUGACUGUUCAGGAGUUUCUGGCUGCUCUUAAUGUCCACCAGACAUUCAUCAACUCUGGUGUAAAUCUGCUGUCAGAAAAAAAGCCUGCUGUCAGAAAAAAGUCAAAAACAAGAAAAGAUGAAUCUGCAGAGACACAGUUCUACCAGAGUGCCGUGGACAAGGCCUUACAGAGUGAAAAUGGACACCUGGACUUGUUCCUUCGAUUCCUUCUGGGGCUUUCGCUGCAGACCAAUCAGACUCUCCUACGAGGUCUUCUGACACUGACAGGAAGUGACUCAAAUACAAAUCGGGUAAUAGUUCAAUACAUCAAGAACAAAAUUGAAGAGACUUUCUCUGUAGAGAAAAUCAUCAAUCUGUUUCACUGUCUUAAUGAACUGGUUGAUUGCUCUCUGGUGGAGCAGAUCCAACAGUCCAUGAGUUCAGGACAUCUUUUGGCAGAAAGUCUGUCUCCUGCUCAGUGGUCAGCACUGGUCUUCAUCUUACUGUCAUCAGGAAAAGAUCUGGACAUGUUUGUCCUGAAUAAAUAUUCUGCUUCAGAAGAGGCUCUUCUAAGGCUGCUGCCAGUGGUCAAAGCUGCCAAAAAAGCUCUACUGAGUGGCUGUCAUCUCUUUAAGAGAAGCUGUGAAGCUCUGUCCUCAGUUCUCAGCUCCCAGUCCUCCAAUCUGAGAGAGCUCGACCUGAGUAACAACGAUCUGCAGGAUUUAGGAGUGAAGCUGCUCUCUUCUGGACUGGAGAGUCCACACUGUACACUGGAGACUCUCAGGCUGAGUAUGUGUGACCUCUCAGAGAAAAGCUGUGAAUCUAUGUCCUCAGUUCUCAGCUCCAAGUCCACUAGGCUGAAAGAGUUGGACCUGAGUAACAACCCCCUACAGGAUUCAGGAGUGAAUCUGUUGGCUCCUGGACUGGAAAGUCCACACUGUAAAUUGGAAACUCUCAGACUGAGUUUGUGUGGCCUCUCAGAGAGAAGUCUUGAGGCUCUGUCCUCAGUUCUCAGCUCCCAGUCCUCUAGUCUGAGAGAGCUGGACCUAAGUAACAACAGCCUACAGGAUUCAGGAGCCAAGCUGCUGUCUGCUGAACUGAAAAGUCCACAAUGUACACUGGAAACUCUCAGGCUGUCCGGCUGUCUGAUCACAGAGGAAGGCUGUGCUUUUCUGGCCUCUGCUCUGAGUGCCAACCCCUCCCAUCUACGAGAGCUGGAUCUGAGUUACAAUCAUCCAGGAGACUCUGGAGUGAAACUGUUGUCUGCUCUACUGGAGGAUCCGCACUGGAGACUGGACACUCUCAGGUUGGAGCCUGGUGGAGUCCGAUAUUUGAGACCUGGUCUGAGGAAGUAUUCCUGUGAACUCACAUUCGGCACAAACACAGUCAACAACCUCACGCUGUCUGACAACAACAGGAAGGUGACAUGUGUGCAGGACGAAAUGGUAUAUUUUGAUCCAGACGAUUUGGGGCAUACAUGUUUUCAGAUACUGUGUACAAAUGUUUUGACUGGUCACUGUUACUGGGAGGUCGAGUGGACAGGAGAAGUCAAUGUAUCAGUGACUUCCACAGGAGUGGAAAUGAGAGACAGUGAAGACUUUGAGUUUGGAGAGAAUGAUCAGUACUGGAGUCUCAGCUGCUCUGAUGAAUGUAGUUACCGUGUCUGUGACUAUAACAGAGUGGAAUUCUUAUCUUCCUCCUCUGACUCUAAGAGAGUAGCAGUGUAUGUAGACUGUCCUGCUGGCACGGUGUCCUUCUACAGCGUCAACUCUGACACACUGACCCACCUCUACACCUUCAACACCACAUUCACUGAACCUCUUUAUCCCGGGUUUGGGCUCAUGUUAACUGGUUCCUCGGUGUCUCUGUGUUCUCUGGAGAACAGUGUAGGACCACAGUGAAUCAGUGAACUUCUUUCAAAAUGAUUGAAAAUAUUUCUCAUUUACACUGUAAACGUCUUCCAUUUCCAGCUCUUUAAAGAUAGAAGCUAUGAUCAUUAAAUUGUGCUGUUGACUCGUGCCUUCCGUCAUGUGUUCUGAUUUGUGGUUUUGUUACAAUAAAGGCAUAAUGUUACUGUGA